UGCUGUUACCCAAGCCACCCCAGCCUCAGGAGCUUUCAGCCGGAUGGGAUCAAUAGCAAGUCUCUUCCGCUCCCAUCGACGUGCCACUCCGGCACCUGGGCCAGUCAGCAACAACACUGGUGGCGUUAACCCAUGGGGGAUGGGUGCACUGACUGAAUCCCAACCGGAAGUAAAUACUAGCCUUUUCCUGGAUCCGCCGACCCCUGACCCCAUUAUGAAUCAGAUGCCAGCUUUCCCUGCAUUGAGGGAGAUAGACAUCUCCAGCAUCCAGGCCCCAGAGCCCAGGAGCAGAGAGGAGUUCCUGCAGUAUGCCUGUACCCUGACCCUAGACACGAGGACAGCCCACCGGCGUCUGACCCUGUCGGAGAGCAACACCAAGGCCACCCUACAGGGGGCAGGGCAGCCCUACCCAGACUGCCCCCAACGCUUCGACGGCUGGACCCAGGUGCUGUGCCAGGCCCCCCUUUCCGCCCAGCGAUGUUACUGGGAGGUGGAUUGGCGGGGGAAGGGGUCAUCAAUGGGCGUGGCUUAUGGAGCCCUGAGCAGGAAGGGGGCGGACGCCAGGGCGGGGCUUGGCUACAACGCCCAAUCAUGGAGCCUGGAGCUGUCGGAUACGUGUUGCACGGCAAUGCAUGACAAUGAGAAGAGGGACAUCCCGGUGACAUACUCACCGCGUCUGGGGUUGUUCCUGGACCUCAACGCGGCACCCUGGCGUUCUAUAGCGUGGCAGAGAGCAUGGCGCACCUGCACACGUUCCGUGCCAACUUUACACAGCCACUGUAUGCGGCCUUCGGGAUCUGCCCCAUGUGAGGAGACCUACGACAUCUGUAUAGACCUGCCCCAUGUGAUGUGA